AUGGUCAAGGUCAAGUUGAGAGUUCCACUCUCAUCGGCACCGCGCGAUUCUUCGUCUCCCCUUACCAAUCCACUGCGCAGUGCACCCGACUACUCGGACGAUGACGAUCCAGCCACCGCGUUGCGUGACGACGGCACGCCAGACGAUACUGCCGACAUCGGUGGCUCGGAUGCUGAAGACUUUGACGACGACCCGGACGAUGACGAUCAGGAAGCCGACGAGUUGGACGAACUCGACGAGCUCGAAGGAGAAGACGAUGAGUCUUCAUCCAAGACCGCUUCCACCUCAACCCUGACCAAACGCAGAAGCAUCACACUCAAACCACGUUCCUCUUCCUCCAAAGGCGACUCGUCGCUUUUGUUCGCCUCCUCUUCGGCCGAUGGCUCGGUGAGUCCGCAGUCGAGCGCAGACAGGUUGGUCAAGCGCGGCAGCCUCGCUCGAAUGGUACAGGUGCAGUCUUUGUCGGUGGAAGAACUCGAUGCGUUGCCCGCAGCAAAGAGAAGAAAAACGGCCAAGGCCAGAGGCGCCGCUGGACCGGGUAGAGGUUGGAGGAAAGGAUUGACCAAAGGCCAAAAACCCGUCUACGAGCUUCCACCUGCAGAGAGGACGCCUGCGACUUUCAGCAGCAUAGCUCCAGCGCGAUCUUCGCCUUCUACUCCAACAGCGAUCAAGGCAGAAACGCCGGUUCCUGUCGCCAGUGCCCCGCCACCGCUAAAGCCCAAGCCGAUCCCAAAUCUUGCAGCAUCGGCUGCAGGAGCAGACUCGAGCAAAGCUUCGACUCCAUCCGCGCCUGCUAGAAGCACUGCUGCACCCACGACAAUAUCAUCGUCGAUCAAGAUCGUUUCAGGCCCAGGAGGACAAACUUUUACCGGCGAUCUCAGCGCCAAAGCCGGGACAGCGAAAAAUCCAGGUUUCCGCUAUCCUCCGCUUCCCGGCUCGCGUGCAGGACCGCCUGUGCAGCCGAUCGCCAGGAUCCCCACAGCAUUUCAGACGGUUGUGCCACUCGAAAGGAACGCGAGGCAGCCGCGUAGAUGGAUCAAGGCGAAAAGAGAGAUCCUGAGUAUGGGCGGAAGGCCAUGGAGCAUCCCGGUUUUUUAUGGAGGCGAGGACAGGGGAUACGAGAAGAAGAUCGAUGCUCCGACCAUGGCUGGCGCACUUUCGACUAUGGGCUCAACAACAACCGCGGCAGGCGGAGCAGAAAGGGUUGUCGCCAAAGCGGGUACACCCUCUGCAGCAGCAGUGACAUCAACGGGCAAGACAGCGUCUCCUGCACCGGCAACUCCCGCAGCCUCCGCCAACACAUCUACCACAACCGCGGCCGCGCAGAACAGCAGCGUCGCAACAUCAACGACCACACUCGCAAAGGCUGGCUCGCCUCUACCCCCACCAAAGCAUCUCAACGGCUUGAACGCUCAGGCCGAGACCAACUGGCGCGGCCAGUCGCCUGCUUUUCUCUUUGGUGGACGCUGA